GAAUGCCACGUUGAUUUGGAGGCUGCGGUUAACCGGGCACACUUCUGCACAUUUUUGCCCCUCACUGUGAACGCACUGUGCCCUGGACCUCCACCUCAUCACCGCGCCUUGCUGACUUCCUCGCCCAAGUGCUGAGCGAGAAAGAGCAGCGGGGGAGGAGUAAUAGCGCAGAUAUAAGCGAAAAGCAGCAUGGGGGCGUGGCAGGGCGGCACGGUGGCGGCUGUGGUGGCGGCGGUGGUGGUGGCAGCCUCCCUCAUUACUGUGGUGGAGGCGGUGACGAUCAUGAGCGUGGACUUUGGCUCGGAGUGGAUGAAGGUGGCAGUGGUGGCGCCUGGCAUCCCCAUGGAGAUCGCUCUGAACAAGGAAUCGAAACGCAAAACUCCAAGCGCGAUUUCGUUUCGUGACGGGGAGAGAACUUUUGGUGAGGAUGCGCUGACCAAUGGCGUGAGGUUCCCAGCCUCCUCCUACGGGUACCUGCUGGACCUGCUGGGGAAGAGGGUGGAGGGGAACACUGUGGUGGAGGUGUACAAGGAACGGUUUCCCUACUACAACAUCGAGGCGGAUGACGAGAGAACUGUGGUGUUUCGGCAUGAUAGCAACACAACCUACAGCGUGGAGGAGUUGGUGGGACAGCUCCUGGGCCAUGCAAGGGAUGUCGCAAUGGACCACACAGACCAGAGAAUAAAGGAUUGCGUGAUUACAGUGCCGGCUUUCUUUAAUCAGGCUGAGAGAAGGGCUCUGUUGACGGCUGCACAACUUACGGGGCUGAAGGUCCUCUCCCUAAUGUCAAGCAACGCAGCCGUGGCACUCAACUACGGGAUGUUCAGACGCAAGGAGAUCAACACCACAGCACACCACAUCCUCUUCUAUGACAUGGGAGCCUCUGCCACCACCGCCACCAUCGCCUCCUUCCAGACUCUGAAGACCAAGGAACGGGGAUACUCCGAGACAAACCCGCAGCUCACCAUACUGGGCGUGGGGUACGACCGACUGCUGGGGGGCCUGUCAAUGCAGCUGAGGCUCCGAGAUCACCUGGCCAGGAAGUUUGAGGAGGUGAAGAGGACCAAGAACAGCGUGUACGACUCUCCGAGGGCCAUGGCCAAGCUACUGAAGGAGGCGGGGAGAAUGGCCAAGAUUCUAUCGGCCAAUACUGAGCAUCUUAGCCAGGUGGAAGGUGUGCUGGACGAGGAGGACUUCAAGUUGAUGGUGAAGAGAGAAGAAUUUGAGGACCUUUGUACCGAUAUCUUUGAAAGGGUUCGCGCUCCCGUCGACGCUGCGCUGAUAUCUGCUGGCAUGGAUAUCAGUAGUGUUGACCAGUUCAUCAUCGUAGGGGGCGCCACCCGUGUCCCUCGCGUCCAGGCCAUCCUGCAGGAGGUGUGGGGGCGGGAGCUGGGCAAGAACAUCAACGCAGACGAGGCAGCAGCGAUGGGGGCUGUGUACCGGGCUGCCGACCUCGGACAGGGAUUUAAAGUGAAGAAGUUUCACGUGAAGGAGUCUGUGCUGUUCCCCAUUGAGGUGGACUUCGAACGCAAGGUAGACAUGGGUACAGCAACAGCAGACAGCGGCAGCAGCGGCGGCGACAGCGACACCACCGCCACCACCACCAGCAGUGUUACCAAGGUAGUGAAGAGGUCCUUGUUCGCGGUUGGCAACACUUACCCGCAGAAGAAGGUGAUGACUUUCAAUAAGCACACGUCUGAUUUUGUGUUCGCUGUCAACUAUGGCGUCAACGAACACCUGCCCAAGAAGGAGCUCAGGAUGGCUGGGACAACAAACCAUUCAAGCAUUCAAGUGGAGGGGGUGACAGCAGCCUUCCAGAAGCACCUCAGCGAAGGAGGAGAACCAAAAGGAAUCAAGGCACACUUCAGCAUGGACGACUCAGGGGUACUCCACUUGGCUGGCAUGGAGGCAGUGUUUGAGAAGAGUGUAGCAGUGGAGGAGGAGGAGGAGGAGAAGAAGGAAGAGGAGGAGGAAGAAUCAACUUUGUCGAGAUUAGGAAGCACCAUUAGUAAGCUGUUUGCUGGAACAGAAGAGAAGAAGAAGAAGGAAGAGGAAGAGGAGGGAGAGAACAAAACAAAGAAAGAAGAAGAAGAAGAAGAAGAAAAGGAUAAGAAAAACACUAAUAAAGAAGAGAAAGAGAAGGAGAAAGGCGCAAAGGAGGAGGAGAAGAAGGAGGGAGAGGAGGAGGAAGAGAAGAAGAAGAAGAAGAAGGAGGUUAAAUUGAAGAAGGUCACUGUGAAGGAAGAGUUAAAAUUUUCCCAGACUUACCUGGACCUCAGUGAGAUGUCCCAAGACACCCUCUCGCUCUCUCAGAAGAAGCUGGAAGACAUAGCAGCCGCAGAGACAGCCCGUAAGGAGAGGGAGGCAGCUCGUAACAACCUAGAGAGCUAUAUAUUGGAAGCACAGGACAAGCUUUGGCAAGAACAGUACGAAGCUGCAUCAACACAGGAGCAGAGGGAACAAGUCAGGGCGUUGUGCUCUCAGCUGGACGAGUGGAUCUAUGACGAAGGAUUUGACCAGGAAGCUUCUGUUUACAAGGGGAAGCUGAACCAACUAUCCGCGCUGUUUGAACCCAUACAGCGGCGCGUACAGGAGACUCAGGACCGCCCCGAAGCCACACAGGCCCUGAAGGACAUGUUAAAUGGAUCCCAAGUCUUUCUGGUGAGGUCCAAGGAGGUCCCUGCAGAACACCAGCUGUUUACUGAUAUUGAGUUGGCAACACUGGAGGAGCUUAUCAAUGAAACGCAGAAAUGGCUAGAUGAGAAGACAGAGUUGCAGAAGUCCAUACCAGCUCACGAGGACCCCAAGUUGACCCUCAGUGACAUCGCCGACAAGUGGAGUGCCCUGGACAGAGAGAUAAAAUAUUUGAUCAAUAAAGCAAAAAUCGCAAAGGUGAAGAAGGAGAAGGAAGCAGCUGAAGAGAAAGCAAGGGAGGAAAAGAAGAAGGAAGAGGAGAAGAAGAAGAAGAAGACAUCAGGGAAGAAGAAGAAGAAUGAGACUAAUGCAAAGGAAGAGGAGGAGGAGGAAGGGAAGGGGAAGACUGCAGGCGAGGAGGCAGCGAGGGCAGAGAAUGAGAAGAAGACAGAAGAGAAGGAAGAGGAGGAGGUGAAGAAGAAGAGAGAGGAGGAGGAAGACCCUCUGAAUAUCUUCGAGGAGGCUAGAGAAGAGAACAACAGCGAGGAAGACAGGAGGAAAGAGGAGGAGGUGGAGGAGGAAGAAGAGGAGGUCAUUGGAGGAGAGGAGGAAGAGGAGGAGGAGGAAGGGAAGAGAGUGGCCCCCCCCAUGUGGAUGACCACCCCCCCAGACACUGUGUGGAUGUAUAUUUGUUCCUCCUUUGUUAUCCUCUUCAUCCACCUCUUGUUCACCCUGCCUCACGUCAGAAGGUGGGUGGAUGUGCCUUGUGGGUGACGGCUGGCUCAAGGG